AUGCCGCCCGUGGCCGAGGAGUCUGCGCCCAAGAAGCGCAAAAUUCGUAAGGGAACAACAAGCUGUUGGGAAUGCAAGCGAAGAAAGAUUCGUUGCCAAUAUUCGGACCAGUCUCACGAUAUCUGCAUUGGAUGUCAGCGCCGCGGCACCGCCUGUCGGACUCAAGAAUACGAUGACGAUGCAUUAGAACAGAACCGAGUGGCCGGGAAACAGCAGGAGACAGAGGAGACGUUGCGGAGGGCCGAGACUUUACUCGAACAGAUGACACAAGUGGUCAGCCUCCUCACGCCGGGAGCAGAACGACUGUUCCAGAAUCGGGAUGCCUCCAGAUCCGCGAGUGAACAAGCACCCCGAAGGUCGGAGUCUACGCAACCUGAACCACCGUCGAGGUCUCUAGCUGCGACACCCUGUCUGAGUAUUCAAUUCGACAACGAAGAUUAUUUACUACAGAAUAAUCUACUGAAAGCCAACGAAAGUAUCGAUGGAGAGCAUUUAGAAUUGUCUCGUACGAUCCAUGCAUUGCUACCAUCACAACGAGAUGCGGAUUCGAUAAUCUCAGCGGGCCACAAUGCGGCCUUUCUUCAAUUCUUCACUUUACCCUACAAAGAUAUUUUUUUGGGCAGAAUACGCCCAGCCUCUAUUUUGUCUUCAAUUCCCAGCUCCUCAAGCCAUCCAAUACUUCUGGCCCGGACAUUGCUAUACCUCGCAAAUGGCCUGCAGAAUCUACCUGCUUCUACACCCGAAACAAACCAUCUGGAUCUCGAAUGCUGUGCGGAAGAUGCCAUGCAGAAGUAUCUCAGCGGUGCCUCCUCCGUGACCAGAAAUGAUCAACUCACUGGCUCGCAAGAGGCCUUGGAAUGCUUGAUCCUUGAGACUGUCUUUCACACCAAUGCGGGCAACCUGCGUUGCGCUUGGAUGGUGCUUCGAAGAGCCAUCGGCCUUGCCCAACUUAUGGGCCUGCAUCAUGAUCAACCAGACAAACUUAUGACACUCGAUCCUCAAACAAAGGCCUCAACAUCAGUCAUGUGGCAUAGGAUUUUAAGUCAAGAGAGGUACUUGGCCCUAAUGCUCGGCCUACCUGCUACAAUUCUCGAUGAUCCGUAUGCAGCAAAGCACAAGUUCACCCCUGAGGAAUCUCCUUGCGACUACCUUGAACGUCGUCACAGUCAGAUAAUGCGCUGCAUCACUACUAGAAACGAGAGCAUCCAACUUGAGGACUAUGGUGUCACGCAACAAAUUGACCAAAUGCUGCAGACGGCAGCUCAAGAAAUGCCCGCUGAUUGGUGGCUAGUCCCUAACACACGACUUAGACAGCGGCCCGCAAUCACAAGUGAAGGGGAGAAGCUUGAAACUAUCCUUCGGAUUCUAUUCCAGAUCACUCACUUCAAUCUGCUGAUCCUCCUACAUUUCCCGUACAUGCUACGGUCCAUUUGCCACGCAAAUCACGAAUACAGCAGGGCGGCGCGUUCAAACGCAAGCCGCGAGCUCCUUAGUCGAUACAUCAAGUUCAGAUGCGCGAACGAGAUCUCGUUCUGUUGCAGAGCCAUCGACUUCUCUGCUUUCACGGCGUGCCUCAGUCUGCUUCUCGCGUAUAUUGAAAGAUGGAAUCAUGACUCUGAUGUGGUUGAUUUUCUCGUCCAUCAGAGAGCAAGUGAUCGUGCUUUGGUCGAAGAAGUCACUGAACUUAUGUUGGAAGUAGAUCAUUCCAACAGCAGCUCUGCACUGAAGCAAACUGUUUCCAUAGUGAAAGCCUUGUUGGGUAUGGAAGCAGAUGCUGCGAGUCCCUCGGGAAAGUCUUCGGAGAGCCCAUCCGCUGACAGCUCCGGCGAUGCUUGUCGUACUAGUCGAUGCUUACGUAUCAAAGUUCCUGCACUCGGCACUAUCAACAUCACACGUCAUGGCAUGUCCUUGAUCUCAGGACAGUCUGCAUGUUCCACAGCGAAUAAGUAUGUGGAAUCGGGGAAUGGGGCCUUCGAUACAAUUGGCGGAGUCGAACAAGCCCACGAGGAACGACUCCAUCUCCAGGAACAUGCAAAUUUGCGGAACGAAGGUCUUCAGCACACGAGCCACUACACCAACUUUCCUACUUUUGGUUCAGGGGUGGAUGAGAUAGACUGGAGUUGGCAAGAUGCUGGUAGCAUCUUACUUGGGCCGACUUCGGGCGAAUUGACAGAUCCUACAAGAGGCCCGCAAGUCAAUUGUCUGCGCAACGACUUCUUCUUCAGUAUCUAG